AAAAAAAAAAAAAAGAGGCAGGAGAUGAAACUGCGGCCGAUAGAGUGGUUGAUUCCAAAGACCCACAACCUACAACUACAAAGCGAAGCCCUCGAUAAGGUCUCCGAUCGCGUCACUGCCAGCUCGAUUCUCGAGUCCAAGAGAGAGUGCAAAUUUAGUGGUGACUGCUGGACACAAAGGUCUAAAAUUUUAGGACAUAUGGGAUCCAUAUCGAUCUUUGUGGGAGUUUUACCCUGUGCAAAGAUUUAUACUCACUCUGGCGUGGUUAAACGAUCCCAGGUCCUUGCUGCUUAUUAUACUGCAGAUGGCGCUGCCCGAUUCUUCAAGUUACGUCCAUCCAAACGGCCCUCAGUCACCAGUGAUGAUAGGAUUUUGCAGAUCAGAACUCAGCAGUCUAAAGAUCCCAUGCCAAACGUGCCAUUGAAGAAAGCCCCAACUGCUAUGGGGAGAUGCUGCUCUUUAAGUUUUCUUUCUGAUCCGAAUCAAGCAAAGAGGAGUUUGUAGGACAAUGAAGAAGGAUAAGCACAAAAGAUCGAAGGACCACCCAAAGAUGUGGCGAUGAACAAAGUAAGGUGGAACAUUAGUUAGGCAGUGAGAGAUGGCUGUGUUAUGGUGGAGCUGCUGGAAUAAUUAGAUUCCAGAAAAUCCUGUUGGAUAUACUGUAAUAAAGACUUGAAGUAAUAUAAUUCAGCUAAUUUUGCUUGGUUCAACCGUGGAGGCUACUGACAAGAAUGGGAGAGCUGACAUUUUUUUGUUUGGGAGAGGUUUGGAAGAGGAACUUGAAGCGGGUUGGUAAACAAAGUAUUUAUAUGUGCCGGGAAGUUGAAAGUUUGUUGAGAUGCUCAGAAAGAAACGACAUAUUUCGAUGAACAAGAGAUCCUAUUUAAAAGGAAAUUAAGUUUUAAUUAAUUUAACAGCGUUCAAUCGGGAUGAACAUUAUGUAGUGCUUUUGUAUGGUUCUAAAUGAAGUCUUAUCUUUACUAGUAAUUAUUGUAACAUUGUCAUGUUUGUUUAAGUCGGCUUUUAAUAAAUGGCCACUGAUGUUGCAUGUAUACGACCUUGACAUAGGUGUGUUUAUAUAUUUGGCAUGAUAAAUGUAUAAAAAUGGCUGAUGGUUUAUGAA